AUGAUCACAUCACCCAGAUCCAGGACGAAGGAGGAUGACUGUGACGAUAUGGAGGCCUCAUUCUCUCAGAUGCAGAAAGAGGAGCGCAUCUCUGCUAAAAUUGGUCUCAUGGAGAAAAGAGAGAAACACAAAAAGCACAAAGAAAAGAGCAAGGCCAAAGCAGCACCUCCACCAAUGAGCUUUGAGGAGUUGCUGAAAAUGGCCCAGAAAAAACAGACUCUGCCAGGUGGCAAAACGGAAGAAGAAGCCAAGAAAAAAGUGAAGGAGCAAGAGAAAAAGAAGGACAUAGAUCGGCCGCUCACUGCCAAGGAGAAAGAGGAAUUAGAAGAAGAGAGAAGAAGAAAGUUGAGAAGAAUGGGCAAGCUGCCUCCAGAAAAGAAGGAACCAGAGAAGUCCAAAGAGAAGGGACAGAAGAAUGAGCCAAGUAGUCAGGAAGAGAAAGCAAAGAAGGAAGGUGAAAAGAUGGCUGGGAAGAAUAAGCCUGCAAGUAAACUGCAACAGGCGCUGGAGAAACCGAAGCCUGAACCCAAAGUGGUUGACAGAAGUAAAUACUUUGCAGUUCCAGCAGCGGCCAAGCCACGAGAACUUCCUCAAAGCAGGGACUCAAAGCCUUCCCAGAACUCUAAACAGAUGCCUUCCAAGUCUCAAGACAGCCGUGCAGUCUCGGCCAAUGAUGGCAGACCGCAGAAGAGCAGAGAGUUUCCUCCGAGAGACCUCAAGCCCCAAAAGUCCCGAGAUUUCCCACCAAAAGACAAAGGACGUCCAUUCCCUCCCCCAGACUUGCAUCGACGACAGCCCCCUGGUCCAUCGCUCAAGAGAGGCCGGAUUGAGAGUGAUUCAGAAGAGGAAUAUGACUCAGAAAUGGAUGAUUUCAUUGAUGAUGGGGAAGAAGAAUUGGAUUACUCAAAUGAAAUCAAGAAGAUGUUUGGAUAUGAUAAGAGCAGAUAUGCGGACGAAGAGGAUGACUGUGACGAUAUGGAGGCCUCAUUCUCUCAGAUGCAGAAAGAGGAGCGCAUCUCUGCUAAAAUUGGUCUCAUGGAAGAUCUGGAGGAUAUGAAGAGAGAAGAGGAGGAAAGAAAACUAAAGGUGAUGAGGUUGAAAAAGAUGAAGAAGGGUAGAUGAGGCCCAUGCAUGAAUGAAAACCCAGAGGCAAGAGAGAUAUUAAGAAGUAGAUGAAAAAAGCUCUUGAAUCCAUCUGUACAUAUUUUUUAUGAUACACCUGUGCCAGUAAUGAAUUUUAUAUGUAUAUAGUUGCCAUAGUUUAACUUCCCUCACCAGGAUAUACCAUACUGCCAGAGUGGAUCGUGGGACUCAAAGACUGAUGAUGAAUGAUGGGCUAUUGUUGGUCAAUUCCAAUGGAAUAUUUGUUUUAUUAUUAAGAUUUUAAAUUUUUUCACAAUAUUUAUGAAUUAUUAUUUUCUAAAGUCACUUAUCAUUUUUACUAUAGUUACUAUUUCAAAGUUUAUUAUCAUUAUCCUUUUUUUCUACAGUAGCUUCAUUUCAUUACAUUUUUUAUUUAUUUAUUUAUUUUUUUCCUGUUAUUAUUGUUAUGUUUAAUGCCAUUUUAUUAUUAUUUUAUAUAUAUUUUUCAUUACUGUACUUUUUAUAAAGAUAGAAAUUAGGUUUUGUAUUCAGAAAAUGUGUAUUACACUAUGCUGAAUUUUGACCUUCAUGAAUACCUCCUCCCCUCCCUGUUUUCUAUGAAAUUGUGUUUACUAAAUAGUAUAUACCAUUACUUGAUGUACCAUAGUUCUUAGUUAUUAUAUGAAAUGUUGAGCAUAGUGUGAUAACAUUUGUUGCAAGCAGACUAGAAAUGUUCCUUGAGAAUAGGUGGAGAACUUGAGAUCCAGAUAAUCCACAGUUUUUCAAGCUAAUGGAGUAGCUUCCACUUUGUUGUUUUCAUUUUUAAGAAUGAUAUUUUUUCAGUAAUUCAGCACAAUCUCGGUUAAGGGGAUGAUAAAUAUUUGUUUAUUAUAUCUUUACAUGCUUGUGUUGAGUAUUUUAUAAAUGACAUACCUGGUUCUUUGUGACAAAAAUAGGGAAAAGAAAGAAAAGAAAGAAAAAAAAGAACUAAUCCUUAGACAGUUAUAAGUUACUGCUUCCUCUCAUGAUAUCUGGGUUGAUAGAUGGAAAAAAUCCUAAAUCCUGGCCAAGCUAGGAUUAAAACUUUCCUAGGUAAGCUGUCAUACUCGUCCAAGAUGGGGGAAAAUGACUCUAAAUGAGAGUAAAAUGAGAUAUUUUACAUUUUGCUUCAGCUGUUUGUGGCUUUGUGUUACAAAAUUUCCUUAGAUCUUCUUUUUUUCUUGUAGUUACUUUAUUAUUUCUGUAAGGAAGUACUAAUGACAAAACAGACCACUCCUUUUUUGUAGAUAGUAUUGACCAUGUUAUACAGUGUUGGAUAGAGAUGUCUGAAAUGGAGGCUAUUAGUUGUUAUUGACAAGAUACAUCAUUAAGAUCUGAACUUUUAUCAUUUCUCUCCAGAAAGUUCUUUUUGUUAACAUUGAUGAAGGAUGAAAGUUUAUAACAGGGAAUAUAACAUUUAUUGCAAAAGGUUAAUGAAGAUAAUGACAUAUUAUCUAGAAAUGAUUCAAACUAUUUUAAUGAUUUAUGUCAUCUGUGUUUUGGUUUAGCAGAACACUGCAUUUUCAAGGAAUCACACACAAAAUAAAAGGAUUUAAUUUACUCAAGAGAGUCCCUUGCUUAUUGUUGUCGUGUUGGGGUUUAGGAGAUGGGGACUGAGGCCCAGUGUGGGAGAUCACCCUACCUUGGGUCCUCAACCUUCUCCUCAACAAAUUUCGCAUGGGGUUUUCUUCGCCAUUCCUUUUCCUUUUUUUCUUCCCCUUGUUCUGUCCACCUAUCCUUAGUGUUAACUCAUUUUUGCUGAAGUAUUGUUUUUCCACAGUACUUUAUCUUAAUGCACCCUACUCUCUGAACUCCUUCCCCUUCUAACAACCUUUACCUUAUACUCUACCCCAUCAGCUCCCCAUCUCUACCCUUUUCACUACCAUACUACCCUCUAGUACUUUUCAGCCUCUAAUUUUACCCUAAUCAUUAACUCAUUCCUAACCCUUUUUGCUUUUGUACUUUACCAUAGCAACAUAUGAGCUUUGAUGUCAUGUAGCAUUUCCUUAUCUGGGGACUUUGCCACCAGGGCUCAUGCAACCACUAAUGACCUUAGAUGCUGAUGCAGCAGAAAAUUUUCAAUAAGUAAAAUAAAUCUAGGACCACCAUUUCUACCUGUAUUACCCUUUGAUUAUUUUAUAAUGGCUCCUUUACCAUUUUUCCUUAUACUAUGUUCCUCUUCCCUCGUCAUCCAUGUUCUCCAUUUCAUCCAAUUGGAAUACACUCUUAACCCUUUCCUCUUUAACUAAUCCCUGCCAUACUUCAUUUGCUUCCCCCUCUUUACCCUUUUCAUGCCCUUUACCAUACUAUCCUUAACGCUCUAUAACCUAUGACAUAUAACUCAUUUUAUCCUAAGUGUUAAUGCAUUCUUAUCCUUUUCACCAUAAUACUUGACUUAAUUGUUAUAUGACCGUUAAUGUCUAGCACAUUUAUUUGUUUUAACCAUUAACCAUUACUAGAGAGAGAGUGUAUUAUAGCAAACACUUCCACAUUUCAUGGCAAAAAUGUAUCAUUUUUUAACUUUGGUUCACAUAUGAACCAAAAUAUUCUUCAUAUAUCAGAAAGCCUACAGAUUUCCAGAGUAGAAAAAGAUGGUCUUUCUAACUGCGCUGUAUAACUGGAGUAUAAAUUUGCACCUAUAGAUACUUUCUUACUUACUGACCCUUUCUUAUGACAUGAUAAAAAAUAAGACAAAUCAUUAGAAAAAAAGUUCUUGUUGUGUUUGUGGUCUUUCUUCUUAGUCUUCACAUACCAUAUGUUGUGAGGCACAUGCACUUAGCUAUAGUUGAAGUCUUUGUAGUUAGCUGUGCAAUUUAUUUUCUUUGUUUGUACACAUUUUUAUUGAUUUGUAUUUUGAUAAUAUUUUCUUGCUUAUAGUAGUUUGUAGGAACUGUGUUAUGUUGCAUUAGAUGGAAAUCCUUUGUUGGCUCUUAUUACUGCAUAUGUGAUGUGAAAUUGAAAGGAAUAUGAGAGAAGGAAAAAAAUCUAGAUAGCAGAUAUUCAUAGUGGACUGGGAGGUUAGUUAAUAAGUUUUUAGAUACUUAUUUUUCACCUUUUCCUUGCAGAGGGAUCAAACUUACGACCUUUUAUGGGUAUUGUGAUUACGAGAUAAUCAGUUUUUUGAAAUAAAGAAAACCAGGAUUUUUUUUUCUUUCAAGUUUUGCUUCAGAUAAGGAAAUAGGUAAUUGGAGUUGCAUUUUCUUCUUGACAGCUCUGAUCAGAGGGUUUGUUUAUUAUGUUUUCUGUGAAAACGUUAUUCUUUAUACUGCUCUUCAAGUGUACAAUAUGUCCAAAUGUUAUGUAUUAUUAUUAUUUGUUUAGAGAAAAAAUAUAAUGUGAUUGUUGUUUAUUUAAGAUUUGAUUGCAGAGGUUUAUAUUUAACCAUUGGUAUGUUGAUUUGUGUUGAAUACAGCUCUAUGAUAAAGUUCUACAGCUUUACUAAGCCAUGAGCUUUGAAGAUGUAUAUUUUGGUGUAAACAGUAAUGAUUACGCCUUAGGAUCUGAAAGAAUAUUUACUUGUAUAGAUAUGCAUAUGGCCUUAAUGAAUUACAAAGAAUGUUUCUCAUGGAUUAACAGAAAAUGUUUGAAAUACAUGUAGCUAGUGAUAUAUAUAUAU